CUAUAGGAUCUUGGAAAAUCGUACUAUAGUCCAUUACUGUUGUUGAUCGGUGACAUUCUGUUUAGGAACUGUUCAUUCUUCAACACAGUACCUAUCACAUUCUUAAUUGCAGGAAAUUCAUUUAUACAGACGUAAUGUUACUGGCGAUGUGCACAUAUGAAAAUAUUUCCUGAAACUCCGUUUUAUUAAACUCGGUUUACAAAUGUUAAAUAGAUAGGUAUCAUUAUGGAACCUCGCAGUAAGGCAGGGAUGAGCAGAGGUGCAAAAAGUAAAAUUGCCCAGCAUCCGUCUGAUCUAUUUGCUCUUGGGUCAAAAAGUACACGUAGUGAAAGUUCCGAUGCCAAGAGGCCAGGUGUUAUUCAUUCUAAACCAACUAGCAGUUCGUCGACUUCUGGAAAUGACAGAAAGAAAGAAGCACCAUCAGGCUCACUUCAAUCUUUUCAAUACAAUAUACCUCAGAAAAAAGCUAAACUCGCAACACAUGCUUCUCAUCCAAGACCACCGUUCUCAAGCGCUGAAGCUUGGGAAUUGGUAGCUAUAGAUAGUGACCCAGCAGAUUUUGUUCCAAUGGUUUUAGAAGCUAAUGACAACGACGAAGGCGACAAAGUUAUAGGCAUUAUUUGCGGUGCCAUAAAAACACUUAAAAAUCAGAAAUGGAAGCCUGACAGUCUAGUUUACAUGGGACUACUGUACUUAGCAAAAAUUCGUCCCUCUAUUUUCUCAAAUGACUGCAUACUGCACGCGCUGUCGUCUUUACUGAAAAGGGAUCAGGCGCAUAACUACAAAGCAAAAGGAAAUCCAUUGGUUCCAGUACUCGCGGCUAAUUUAUUAAUGAAAGGAUUUCACGACAAGAGGAACUGGCCAGAGAUUUUCGUUAAGUUGUACAUCGAGGAUGCGUUAGGCGAGAGGGUAUGGGUCGAUCAUGAAGAGUGCAAAGGUUUUGUAGAUAAUAUUUUGACUGGAUUCAACACAAGGCACCCGCCGAAGAGCGUUCUACAACCGGAACUGUCCGUGCUUACGCCUCGAGAUUGUCAUAGUCCGUCCACAGUCGACGACGAGGAUGCGACGUCCUCAUCCGUACAAUUCUCUGGAGAUAAGGAGAAAAUAGAAUUUCCCGUGACUCCUAGAUACGCUCAUUGCAUAGAAAACAUCGAAACCAUCGUCCUUGAAGCAGUGAAAGAACAAUUGAACAGGCGGCAACCAGAGUCGAUUACCAAGAACUUUUUGAAGCUACUUUCCUCCGCCUGUGGCUUCGUAGAGAUUCGAAAUAUCGCCGUCCCGCGAUUGGAGAUGUGGCUGCAUAACCCGAAAUUGAUGAGGCCGGCCCAAGAAUUGUUGAGUUACAUCUGUUACAAUUGUACCUCUCAUACACAGCGAGACGUCGAAGUUAUAAGUCAAUUAGUGAAAAUGCGAUUGAAAACCAAAGCCGUGAUCAAUUUGUAUCUAAAUGGCGUGAAAGAAUUGAUCGGACUACAUCCCGAGAACUUGUCUACCAUUUUGAAACACACAAUCUACAACGAAUUAUCGAACGCAAGAAAUCCGAACAAUAUGCCGAUGCUGGGUGUCAUGUUCCAAACUUUACCGGAUCAGGCAGCUAAACUGCUCUCAGAGAUAUUCCAAGACUUGUUAAUGAACCGGGAAGAUUAUCUGAGGCCACUGCGAGCUUUGCUCAGAGAAAUCGUGCGCGUUUGCCGGCACGAUAUCAAUCUGCUCACAUUUGCGCGCACGCUGAUGUCUGAGAGGCAAGAUAUAGCCCAGCAGUUGCUUAAUUUCGAGUUCAAGGAACGAGUAUUCAUGUCGAUCGCAGAUUUACUCUGUUUGUGUAUGUUAUUAGCUAUCAGCCCACAGGUUAAAGAGGCCGCGGCGUUGGUGCAAAGGGGCGAUAAAAAGGAUAUAGCUUUGCUGCAUCAAUUUCAGAACAUGGUCGCGACGAUACAAUUCGAAGCCGUGAUGUGGCUACAGAAUACAGCGCCGCAAAUGUACGCCAUCGGGAAGAACGAGCUCCUGCAUGCCUUACAUAAAAUUCUAAUGCUUGAAUCCCCGGAGCAAUACUAUAAAUUAGACAAUUGGCCACCUGAGUCCGACAGAGUAUUUUAUUUACGUCUCAUCUCAGAUGUUCCUCUGUUACAAAGUACUUUGUUAAGGCUGCUGAUAAUCGGUUUCUCGAAAGAAAACGGCAUCACUCAUUCCGAGACGUUAGAUUUGGUGGAUCAACUGAUUCGGCGAGCUGCGGCUAACUCGAACGAGAGCUUCCCGACGUUGCAGGCGGAUAAAUUAGACAUAAUCGAACUUAUCUUCAACCUGUGCAUUUAUCAACCACCGGGAACUAUUAACAUACCAUCUACAUACGUCCCACCUACUUUGGCCAUAUCGAAUCUGUAUUGGAAAGGAUGGAUAAUGCUGUUGAUAUUAGCUGCCCACAAUCCAUCCACUAUCGGAGCUGUCGCGUGGAAACGGUAUCCUAUUUUACGGACACUCAUGGAAAUGUGUAUUACGAACCAUUUCGCUUAUCCGCCACCAACGAUGGCGUUGCCAGAGAUCAUAGAGCAAGAACGCUCGAAGGAAUUACAAGUCGAGACCAUCGAGAAACAGGAGAUUCUCGAGUAUGAGUCGCACUUGGCCGCCGCGUCGACGAGGAUACAAAUAUCUGAACAGAAUAGUUUACUAUUAUCGCAAUUGAUGACCAUGGAACCGACCGGCAUCGCUAGGAGACCGCCACCGGCUGUUCUGGAACAGAUACAAUCUUUGAACGUGUCCCACAGAUUGGGACAUCUCCUUUGUCGAUCUCGCAAACCAGAUUUCCUCUUGGAUAUAAUACAGAGGCAGCAGCAAAGUUCGUCGCAGAGCAUGCCAUGGCUAGCGGAUUUAGUGCAAAACAGCGAAGGCUCUCUUAGUCAAUUGCCCGUGCAGUGUCUCUGCGAGUUUUUAUUGUCUACCAGCGUUCAGGCCGUGGAAAAGCAGCCGCGGCAGCAGCAGCUGUUAGCCCACUUGCAAACAUUGUUGACUGAUCCUGAACAGGAUCGACAACACGCUUAUGAAGUUUUAGAAUACUUCAUGAGAAGAUUAAGCAGUCAACAGACUGGCAGCCGUCUUCAAGCUAUCACCGGAUUGAAGAUGGUCCUUGGCUCGAUACCCACCGAAGAAGAACCCAUGGAUAUAGACGGAGAGAGCGAAAGGGAGAUCUGGCUUCUUCGCAAGUUACCAUCUAUACCUCAUUUCUUAUCAGUAAGAUCGUUGGUCUCCACGGCACUCCGAGGAGCCUGCCAAGUCGAAAACAAUCCCGAGCUGGUACACGCUUACAUAGCCUACCUCGCCGCGCAUACUACAGACGACGAUUUGCCCGAAUUAACCGAUCUGGCUAACGAAAUCUCUCAAUUAGUGGUCGAACGCAGCACGAUCAUAGCAGCCAUACUGCCGCAAUCAGAAACUGAUAAUUCACAAGCGAAACAAACUCUGCACGCGUUCAUGGUAAUAUUUUGCAAUUACUUGGAGAAAGCCCGAUCCCCGCGGACAGAGGAAUACACGUGGUCAGAGAGCCAAGAUCAAAUAUUGGUGCAGUGGAGCACCGGGGAAGAAUGCACCAUGCACAUUCUAGUUGUCCAUGCUAUGAUAAUUCUCUUAACGUACGACUCCGACGACGACGUGUUGUUCGACGUUCUGCUCGAAACCUGGUUCCCGUUGAACACGGAGCCGCCGAAAGCAUUCCUCGUCGACACGAGCGAGGAAGCUUUGCUCAUACCAGAUUGGUUGAAAUUGAGAAUGAUCAGGAGUAGCGUGCCACGUUUGAUAGACGCGGCUCUCAAAGAUUUGGAACCACAACAGUUGGUUCUUUUCAUCCAAAGUUUCGGUAUCCCCGUGCCUUCGAUGACUAAGCUGCUUCACACGCUGGACGCCGGCGUGCAAAUCGACCCGAGCUCGGUCGGCGAAGCGGUGUUGGACAAAACGUACAUGGCACAGUUGGUCGAAGUGCAACACAGAAGAGGAGCGACGGGCGGUUUGGUUUUCGUACAAGUCUUGCAACUGAUGGAGCCACAAUUACCCGACGAGAGUGCGGUCACCAUUGGGCAAUUACAAGAACCGUUGCCUAUCACCGGUACCAUGGUUCAGAAACAAUCUGUUAUACAGUGCUCGAUUAAAACAGAUGUGCCGCAUUUGAUUAAUAGAUUAUUCAUUGAGAACGUAUCGAUGAAUCUAAAAAUGGACGCGUAUCGUCGUUUGCACAAGACUUUAGCGAAGGAUUUGCAAAAAUCAGCGAAAGAAAGCGGAGUGAUCGUUUUGGCGGUACAACAUAUAUGCAGUGUACUUAGCUCGAUGCAAGUUAAACAAUUCUUAGCAUCGCUCGUUCACAUGCCGCAAUAUUCUUGCACCCUAAUGAGGGUGAUACUGUUGCCUCUAAAGAAAUCGUCCACUUCGAAACAGAUCGUGGAACUGGCUCGCAACAUGUGUUUGACUUUGAUACAAUUGAUAGGAGACGUGAAGGCCCCGGUUUUAUCAAUUCUGAAGGACUUCGCAAACGUGCGGUUGACAAAAAUGUCUAAAAGCGUGGAAUUGUCAAUGGUGAUGCAAAAUAGAGACCCAGGAUCUAUUUUGGAAAGUACCGACUCGGUAAAUUUGGAAGCGGUCGGACGCAAGCUAUUGGACAUUUGUCUAAAGCAACAGAAGACCGACGUUCUCAUCGAGGCAAUAGCGAAAUUAUUGGUGAACGAUAGCAACGAAGGUGUUUUAAAGCCGAGGACUGGUUUGCUGAUAGACUGGCUGGCAUCUGUAGAACCGGAACUAAUCGGUAUAUGUCCUACUCUUCAAAUGAAAUUAUUGUUUGGAAAGACGAAGGUGCAGAUGAAAGUUGAUAACAAUGUCGUCAGCUCGCAUUCGUUCAGGCCUUAUCUGUUAACUCUGUUAACGCACAGAGCGAGCUGGGCUACUUUGUAUAAAUGCGUCGGCCACCUGUUAGACAAAUGCGACGACGGGUAUGAUCCCACUGCUGUGUUAGAUUUCUUAUGGGCACUGACUUGUAAUCCGAAAUUGUGGCAAGGCAGAGAUAAAUUCACGCCGAAGCACUAUGUACCCGAAGAUAUUUUAUUGUUGCACGAGAAGCAAUUACUGACUCUUGUUUCGUAUAUCGUUGCGGAGGCUGUUAUUAUAUGUAAUUGUCAAAAUAGGAACGCCGCCCUCGCACGAAUGGAUUCUCGUCUCAGUUUACUGUUGCACUGCAUUUCGACGGAUGAUCAUAUGAUAUCGAGCGUCGUCCGAUACUUGGCUGGACGUAUGAUGAACGAUUCGGACAUCGACUCCGACAUGGUCCAUCAGUUUCUAUUGCACAUGUACAUGAAAAUACCGAAAGUAAUAUGCUAUUUAGACACGUUCCAAACAAAAAAGUUCGUCGGCGGAGGGAAGAUCACAGAAUGGACGGGCUCGGUGUUGGAUUGUAUGAGUCAUGCUUUGUUAACGGCUUUGGCAGCGACGCCGAGGCAAAAGUCGUGGAAUUCCCGGUCUCAGGACUUCGAGUUGUGUGCUCGAAAAAUGGCAGCUGUACAUCCAAUUUUGGUAUUGCGACAACUGCCGAUGUUAGCGUCGUCUUUAAUGGGAAGAUGCUAUCUGGAUUUUAGUCAAUUCAGGUCCGGUCAUCAUCUAAAUUUGUUCACGCAAAUAAUGGGUUUGUUAGAGCUGUUACAACCGCAUUUGUUCAGCGAGGAGCAUCAGGACGCUUUGGAAGACACUUUGGAGAAUUACUUUCAAUGUUUCCAAAACUACGGCCCUAUAAAAGAUCUCAUACCGCUCUUGAAUAGAUUUAUUACGCUGCUACAAGCGUACAUCUCUUACGAUCCGCAGAGGACGUUGAAAUAUCUUCAGAAGCACGCGCAGAUUCUUCAUGAAUUGCAGCUGCACUAUCCGAAUUUAGUUACACUGAGGACACUUGUGUCGGGUAUUCCUGUGCCAAGGGAAGGGGAAGACGUAGAGGAGGUUUUGAUCACUGUUCCUCCUACUCCACCCCCAGCGGAACCUGUCAUCCCUCAGCAUUGGCCGUCGUUAUUAGCCACUUUGACCAAACUGCAGGGUGAAGAUGUCUUUAACGCUCUCCAAGAAAUCGAGCAUCUAUCAUCCCGUAAACCAUGGGUCCUCGAGUCUAUAACAGACAACAUUGCAGAGUUGCUCGUGUCUCCACAGAGCAAUGUGAGAAAUCUGUCUCACACUUUAUUGGCGAGAGCUUUGAAGCACCAUCCGACGUCGAACGCGAAUAUCUUGUCCGCAUUUCAAAGGUGCCUCGACAGUUCUCGAGCCGACAUUCUGAUGUCGGCUUUAGAAAAGUUACCAGAGAUUGUAUUAUGUAUGCAAGAACACGCUCUACCGUUGAUGCAGAAAGUAUUUGAGUUAGGAGUGAACUCAAACGUAAACGCAUUACCAUAUAUAAAUAAAACCAUUGCUUUAUUGAACACGCAGCAAGGUUGUUAA